UUCAUAUUUUGCUUUCGAGUAUAACAAAUUAUCUAAAGAUCUAAUCAAUGUGCUUCAUAUGAUUUAAAUGUUCAUUAUGAAAAUAAUUCAGAUGCGUACAGGUGAAAAAAAUGUGGCAGUUCCAAGUUUGCUUUUUUACUUUGUUUUUUGGAGCUGCAUUCUCCCAAUGUGUCUAUCCAAAUCCUGCAUCAAACUUGUUUCUGAAAAAACUGUUGUUAAAUGGUAAAAAUUGGUAUGCGCAACAACGUUUUGGAGUCCCGACAGGUUUCAUAACAGAAAAAUGUUGGAAAACUUCCUUUCAUCUGUCGGACAUCCAUCUGGAUACAACUGUCCAUCCUUCUACUGUAUAUUUUGAUGAAAGAAACAACAAACAGGAAACCAAAAUUGUUGCAAAUAUUAUAGGCCUAAAAAAUAAAUAUUACAUUCCUUAUAACAAUACGGGUAACGUACUUAUUUCAAAUAUAUGGUAUUAUAAGUAGUGAAAUAUAUCUCAUUGUUUUGUUUUCAGAUUACAUGUUGACUGAUAUCAAAAUUACCCAUAAUUACGUUGUAUCUCAAGUUUGUGAUAUGAGUAAAGGAAGAUCGGAAGUGUUGAUUUUUACGUCACAGAAAAGGCGUAAUGUGUGGCUAAUCCUUAAGGCUACCAGGGAAGCUUCUAAGUUUGUGAAGCUGCCAUCUCCAUCCACUAAUACACAAUGUGGAAAAUAUCCGUUUUAAAAUAAAUGAGUGCUGACAGUGCAGAAAUAACUUGUGAUUAUGAUUAUCCUCAACACAGACAUUUAAAUAAAAUAAAAAGAAAUAA